AUGGAUCCCCCCCCCCCUCCGCCCCCCUCCGCUCCCGCAGCUCCCGCAGCUGCCCCCGGAGGUGUGGGUGUGCGUGUUCAGCUACCUGUGCGCGGAGGAGAAGCACGCCGUGCGGCGCUGCUGCAGGCUGCUGCGGCGGCUGGUGGAGCACCCGGCCCUGUGGCGGGAGCACACGGCUCACACGCGUGGCCGUGCGGCACCUGCGGCGCAAAGAGUGGCGGCGGCUGGUCGCCUUCCUCCCGGGUCUCUCCGCCGUCGUGUUCGUGGACGGAGGACGCGUGUACAAGGAGAAGUACCUGGACCACCUGGGCCGCUUCCCGGAGCUGCGGGAGCUCGGGGUCCGCAACGCCACGUGGGACGAGCCCAUGCUCGGGAGGAACCUGCGCGCGAGCUGCACGAGCGGCUGACUCACCUGAGCGCGUGCAACGUGCGGCUGCCGUGCACGGUGGAGUUCAUCACCGCGGUGGCGCAGCUGGUCAACCUGCGCUACCUGCUGUUCCACCAGCAGGGGGAGGGCUACGGGCUGGACACGGUGCGGCCGGUGCCGGGACACGUGUUCCACCACCUGCUGCUGAGCCUGAAGAAGCUGAAGCACCUGUCCUGGGGCAUGAGGGGGAGCCGCCAGAGACACUGCCCGACGACUACCUGAGCCCGCAGGACCCGGAGCACCCAGGAGCUCCCCGGUACGGCGGCCCGGCGCUGACCAGCCUGGAGCUGGUUGAUUACCCAGAAACCAUCCUGCCCGAGAACGCACUGAGGAGCCUGACCUCUCUGAGGUCGCUGACUGUCCGCUACAGAUACAUCAGAGAGGGCGUGGAGUGCCGCCUCACGUCCUGGCUGAGCCCCCUCCAUCAGCUGGAGACCCUCAGCAUCAUCGGCGGUAACUCUCUCGCCGUCUACACGACCACCAUCCCGUCCAGUGUGACCAGGCUGACGCUGCGUGUGGCCAUAACCCUGAAGGACAUGGACUCCAUCGCGCCGAAGGUCCCGGCACUCGAGCACCUGGACAUCGAGCAGAACCGCUCCAGCGGCAGCCUCUGCAGACGGAUCCCCAUGCUGUUCCCUCAGCUCCGGACGCUCAGGAUACGGUUUUUCCGUCGAGAACCAGAGAAGGAUCUGCUGAGCCUCCACCGGCUGCGACACCUGGUGCAGCUGGAGCUGCUGGUGGAGCGCUCCUUCAUCCUGAGGGACUACCUGAACGGUCACCCCUGGCCCAGCCCCUGCGUCCAGGAGCUCAUCAACCAGCUCCGAGAGCUGUCGGAGAACAGGAUCACCGUCAUCACCACCAUGCGCCAGAGGAACCCGCUGCGGGAGUGCGACUGUGUGUGGGAGGGAGACUGACGAGGGGGGAGGGACACUGGGGAAGUAGAUCUUUAUUCCUCCUGAAGAAAGAGACGACAACAGAGUCGCCACCAGAGCCAGCAAGAGGAGGUUGAAAUAAAAGGCAUUAGAACAGAUGUAGAUGAGGCGUACUGAAGGUCUUCAGACACUAAAAUCAUGCGUCUUAUAAAAGAUCAUGAACAUGACAGUUAUUAGAGCAAUGGCUGCCAUCUUUUUCCCUCAUGACCUCAAAUGAAGCACUGGUCCACCAGAAACCCCUCGAUUCCAGUUUGAGUUGUGAGCAGUUCAGCAAAAUGCAUCUUGAAAGAGAAUUAAAAGUCUCUAAUCAAGUGAUAGUUGAGUUUCAAUUAAAAGCACCAACAAAUGAAGUUAAUUUGCUUAUAUCCUGGUGGAAAAAAACAUCCAGGGGGUUUGGAAUUAGCUUUAAAAUGCUCUAUCCUGCUAAUUUAUGAGCUUUUAAUGUGAAACAUCUGCAGGAAGUUCUGCUGAUGUCAUUUUAGCAUCGAUCAAGUGGACAGACUUGAAUUUGUUGUUGGAUUAUUGCUGAUAAAGUGAUAAACAUUAAGUAAUAAUUAUACUGAAUUAUUAAUGACAGCAGGUAAACAUGGAGGACGUUUAGAGUUUACAUUAAUUAGAAAUAUAAUAAUAAUAAUAAUAAUAAUAUAAAGCUGGCUCACAUGAAGAGCUGGUAUUAUUCUAGAACUCUUAAAUAAAAAACACUAAGAUUUAAGUGAGUUAUAAGGAGAGUAGGUCAGCCCAGUUUGUUUUAAGUUCUCUUUUUAGUUUCUGAAUGUUUAAAUGAAUCAAUAUCUCACAUCAACACUAAAUCAAAUGAAUCAUGUGACACUCGUAGUGCUGAACACAGAGCCAACUUUCCCCCACAAAAAAUAUUAAUGAACAAAUGUAGAUUUUUCAGGUUAAUUUUAUUCAUAAUAUUAUAAAAUAUUUGUGAAAAUUUUGCUUAUCCCUUUAUGAAUAAACUACCUAAAAUAAAAGUAAACUGUUUGAACACAGAUUUCCUCGUGGAAAGUUUUGUGUUUUGGUACAUUUUAUUUGUCAUUUAAAUGUUAAUGAAAGUGGACGAUUAUGAAUUAAGAAAAAUCUUUAAACAAUCUUUAUUGAUGACUGAACUAAAAGUUAUUUUUUAGAGCCACACAAAUUAUAGUUCUCAAAUUAUAGAUAUAACAAUUUCACAGGAAUUUCUGGACUCCAAAACCCUGCAGAAAAUUGAUGUCAUUAUGGCAAACUGAUGUUGCUUUGGGUGCAUUCAAAUGCUGCAGCCAACUACGGAAGCCCUAAACGGACAUGAUUCAAUCCUGAUUUAUCGCCAGUUAAUUAUGUUAUCUCGAGAUAAUGCUUUAAAUUUUUUUUUUUUUUUACUUGAACAUUUGAGAAGCUGCAACUGACAAGAUGUCAUCCAACUAUUUUUAUAAGUUAAUAAUUAAAAAUGCCGUUUUCAGGCACUUUGGUUGUUUUGAAUUUCUUAUAUUUUAUUUAUUAUUUCUCUCCACAAAAGUAUCUGAGACACAGACUUUGUCAGAGAACUCGGCACACCGUUUCUUUCUCAAUAAAUGGACCUGAACUUGAGCUUCUUGUUCUGUUUGCUUUGUUUGUUUUUAAUGUUUUAGUUAUUAAUGGGAUGUCUGUUACAGUCUGACUGUAGAAAACUUGAAAUAGGGAAAGUUUUGUUGAUACUUUUUUUUAUUAUUCAGAUAGCAGUUAACAUAUUAAAAGCAUGAAGGGAAGAAGGUAAAAUUGGAUUAUA